AUGACUGAUCUGAGAGCGAUAUUUUCUCGUCUUAGUCUGUUCAAUGAUGGGGGUUUGUUGACUGAGCUACAAGUUAAGCAGACUUGGAUGGAUCAGAUUCAAGAUAAGCAAUUGGGGGAUGAGUCUUUGAGUUUACGGUUCUGUCAGAUUGAGGGUGGUUGUACUUCAGAUUUUGGGCUGAAUAAGGAUAGGGUUCUGUGUUUCCGAGGUCAGAUUUGUAUGCUGAACGAUUCUUGUUUGAGACAGUCGAUUCUGAGAGAGUGUGAGGUUCCUGACUUCGUUGCUCGCUGUCUGACAUGCCAACAAGUUAAGACUGAACACCAGUUACCUUUGGGUUUAUUGCAGCCAGUUAAGAUUCCCUUAUGGAAAUGGGAACAAGUAACGAGGGACUUCGUUAGUGGGUUUCCCUUGACACCCACUAAGAAGGAUUUUCUUUGGGUCAUCAUGGAUUGA